AUGUCUCGCGAUCCAAAUCGGCCAAAUAUCGUCCUAGCUCUAGCCGACAAUCUGGGCUGGGGAGAGCUGGGAUGUUACGGCGGAGGCGCUCUCCGGGGCGCCGCGACUCCCCGAAUCGACAAGCUCGCCACAGAGGGUCUCCUCCUGCACAACUUCAACGUCGAAAGCGACUGCGUGCCCACGCGGUCCGCUUUGAUGACGGGGCGCCACCCCAUCCGGACGGGAUGCCGACAGUCGGUCCCGGCCGGCUUCCCACAAGGUCUCACCCCGUGGGAGAAGACGCUCGCCGAGUGCCUCAAGGACAACCACUACGCCACCGCACACCAUGGGAAGUGGCACCUGGGCGACGUCCCUGGGCGGUAUCCGUCUGAUCGCGGUUUCGACGAAUGGUUCGGGAUCCCGAGGACCACGGACGAGACGCAGUUCACCUCGGCCAUCGGGUACACGCCCGAGGUCGCGGAGCUUCCGUACAUCAUGAAGGGUGUAGCUGGACAGGAUUCGGAGAAUUUUCGCAUCUACGACCUCGAGGCUAGGCGGCUGAUUGACGAGAUGCUGGUCGAGCGAUCAAAAGACUGGCUUACACGGCAGGUGGAGGCAGAGAAGCCCUUCUUCCUCUACCAUCCUCUCGUCCACCUUCACUUCCCGACUCUGCCUCACAAAGACUUUUCUGGGAAGACGGGGCAGGGUGACUUUGCGGACUCGAUGGCCGAGAUGGACUACCGCGUCGGCGAGCUGUUGGAUCAUGUCGAUUCCUUGGGGGUUAGGGACAACACCAUCUUCAUAUUCGCCUCAGACAACGGGCCUGAGUUCAGAGAGCCGUACCGGGGCACCGCCGGCCCUUGGUCCGGGACGUACCACACGGCUAUGGAGGGCAGCCUGCGCGUGCCGUUCAUCAUUCGCUGGCCUGGCCAGGUCCCGGAGGGUGUGACGUCCAACGAGAUCGUUCACGUCACGGACAUCUUCACGACCGUACUGGCCAUGACCGGGUCCAAGCUGCCAAAGGAACGGCCAAUUGACGGCAUCGAUCAGACGGCCUUCUUCAAGCAGCCAAGCACGGUCAAGUCCGAGAGGGAGGGGUUCCUCUUCUACAUCAAGGAGGAGCUGCGGGCCGUCAAAUGGAAGGACUGGAAGCUGCACCUGGUGUGGGAGCCCAAGGUCAACCAGUCCUCGGGCCAUCUCGAGUCGCCGUACUUGUUCAACACAGUGAGGGAUCCAAAGGAAGAGACGGACAUCUUGGCUUUCAAUACGUGGGUCUUGCAGCCGAUGAUGAGGUUGAGGACAGAAUUUCAGAAGAGUUUGACGAAGGACCCGGCGCCCCCUGAUCCGUUGAAGGACUUCUUCCGAUAG